AUGGCCCUUCCACACAAAGCCGUCCCGCUCGUCGCGCCCGGGCAUACACGCCCCGUCACCCAUCUAUCCUUCUCGCCCCUCCAGGACGACGGGACGUAUGUGAUCAUUUCCUCCUGCAAAGAUGGCAAUCCUAUGCUCCGCGAAUGGACCGGCGACUGGAUCGGCACCUUCAUCGGCCACAAGGGCGCGGUAUGGAGCAGCAAGCUUUCCCCAGACACGUCGCGCGCCGCAUCCGGCAGCGCCGACUUCACUGCCAAGGUCUGGGACACCUACACCGGCGAAUGUCUCCAGUCAUUCCCCCACAACCACAUCGUCCGCAGCGUCGCGAUAUCCCCCAGCGCAAGCCACAUGCUCACCGGCGGCCAGGAAAAGAAAGUGCGCAUGUUCGACGUCAACCGCCCGGACGCCGAGCCGGACUUCCUCGUCGACGGCCCCUCCGGCCUCUCGCAUGAUGGCACCGUCAAGAGCGUCGUCUGGGUCGGCGACCACACCGGUGUCACCGCCGGCGAGGACGGGAUGAUCAAGUGGUGGGACCUCCGCACGCGCGCGCUCACGACGAACCUCACCUUCCCGGGCCCGAUCACCUCGAUGGAGCUUUCCCCCCAGACGAACCGGAUCGUGGUCACGUCCGGCAAGACGGUGUCGUUCAUCCCCGCGCUGCUCAACGGCCCACAGACGCACAGCCUGACGCUGCCGUACGCGCCCUCGUCCGCGUCGAUCCACCCCAUCCUCCAAGAUCGGUUCGUCACCGGGAGCACGAGCGACGAGUGGGUGCGCAUCCACGACGUGACGGGCGAGGAGCGGGAAGUGUUGAAGGGACAUCACGGGCCCGUCCACUGUGUCGAGUUCAGUCCAGAUGGCGAGGUGUUUGCGAGCGGGAGUGAGGAUGGUACCAUUCGGUUGUGGCAAACUAGCCCCGGGAAGACCUACGGACUCUGGCAAGGUGUGCCGGCGAACGGUGGCUGA